GGGGACCGAGGGGGCUGCGCGGGGAUCCCCUCUCCCUGGGAAGAUGGCCGAGUCGGGUGCGGUGCGGACCUCGCCGCCCAACCACCGGCCUUCAGAUUCUGCUCCAGUAUAGCAACACACUGCAGCUUCUGGCUUGCAGAAGGAAGGACUAGAAGGCCACUGAGGUGUUGGCAGAAUUCCUGCAGCUUGGCAUUACUUUGACCCUCUGGGGUGUGGCAUGUGUGAGAGAAACCUUGCCAUCCCAUGUGGCAGAGGACUUCUUUGGCCCUGAAGAGAAAACUUCUCUGUUCGACAAGACCUGGAUGGCAUGGAUGGAUUUUUAAGAUCUGAUGAGAGACAAAGACUAGCUAAAGAAAGACGAGAAGAGAGAGAAAAAUGUCUUGCUGCCCGGGAGCAGCAAAUCCUAGAGAAACAGAAAAGAGCUAAGCUCCAGUAUGAAAAGCAAAUCGAAGAGCGAUGGCGGAAACUGGAAGAGCAGCGGCAGCGGGAGGAUCAGAAGAGGGCUGCUGUGGAAGAGAAGAGGAAGCAGAAACUCCGGGAGGAGGAGGAGCGGCUGGAGGCGAUGAUGCGUCGGUCCCUGGAGCGCACACAGCAACUGGAGAUGAAGAAGAAGUGCUCAUGGGGAGCUUCACUGGCCACAGGGCCUGGAGGACGUGAUGGUGAAUCAGAAAAUACCCCACCCCCUCCUCUAGGUUUAGCAUCCAGCACCCUUCCUCCGGACCCAGGGACCAGUGCCACCGCUGCCGAGUCCACCAACGCAUGUGACAAACUUUCAACAUCAGCCAUGAAUUUGCCAAAGCAGACGGAGCCUCCCAUGAGUAAGCGCCUGUCUUCAUCCACCGUGGCAAUAUCCUAUUCCCCAGACCGAGCUCAUCGCACACACCUUAGUCCCAUGGAAACCUUUCUUGUUAUGCGACUGUUGACUCCCACACAGGCUUCUUUAGCCAGAAGCAGAAGUACACUCAUGCUCUCUGAGCAAACCAGUGACUCAGUAUCCCAUGCCUGUCCUCGUGUAGCUCCUGCUGGCCCUCUUAAAUCUUCUUACAAGUCUUCUCCCACUCGGAGUGCUGAGAGGAAGAAGACUACAUCUACAUCUGGCACAGGAGAUUCUGGGAAAGGAGCCCCUGCAGGAGCGGAGGCCUCUCCGACAGAGAAGAUGAAGAGAGGCCCUCGAACAACAGCUUCUGUUCCCAGCGUGGGCCUCGGGUCUCCUCUGAGAAGAUGUGAGUUUCCAGGAAGCAUUUCUAAGCGGUCAUCCUCUCCAGUGACAUCCAAGACAACUUCAAAAGCAUAUCCACAGUCUCCAAAGAAUGUGAAGCCACCAUACCCAGGGUCUCCUGUGAAGUACCGCUCUCCCACCUUUCCCAGCCAGGAAACACCUAAGAGGAAAGCAGAGAAAGAGAAGAGCAAUAAAGAAAGGGAGGGUGCCCUGGCCCAGCAGGCAGCUGGCCUGCAUGGGGAAGAAGCCCCAGAGAAGCACGUGGUGGACAAGCAUGUCACAGAGAAGCAUUUGGCCACAGGAGGGAAGACUGAGGGCAGUGGAGCCUCAGGGAAGCCCACGGCAGGCACCACUGAUGCAGGAGAGGCUGCAAAGAUCCUGGCUGAAAAGAGACGACAAGCCCGGCUACAGAAAGAGCAGGAGGAGCAGGAACGGCUGGAGAAGGAAGAACAGGACAGGCUGGAGAGAGAGGAAUUGAAAAGAAAGGCAGAGGAGGAAAGGCUUCGCCUAGAAGAGGAAGCCCGUAAGCAGGAGGAGGAAAAGAAACGGCAGGAAGAGGAAGAAAAAAGAAAGGCAGAAGAGGAGGCUAAGAGGAAGGCCAAGGAGGAGCUGUUGUUAAAAGAAGAGCAAGAAAAGGAAAAACAAGAAAAAGAAAAGCAAGAAAAAGCCAUGAUUGAAAAGCAGAAGGAAGCAGCAGAAGCAAAGGCCCAGGAGGCAGCUAAACAGAUGCGUCUAGAAAGAGAACAGAUCAUGCUGCAGAUUGAGCAGGAGCGCCUGGAGAGGAAGAAGAGAAUAGAUGAAAUCAUGAAGAGAACAAGGAAGAGUGAUGUGUCUCCAGAAGUGAAGAAAGAAGACCCAAAAGUAGAGCUUCACUUGCCUGUGUGUGUGGAAAAUAAGACAAAACCAGUUGUCCCGAACAAAAUAGAAAUAAAUGGGUUGAACACCUGCCAGGAAGUUAAUGGUGUGGGGCGUACUGCCCCAGAAACUUUUCCUCGAGACGUUUUCUCUAAUGGGCUUAAACCAGUUGGGGGACUUGUUCAUCUAGACACCCUUGAUGGGAAAUCAAACAGCCUGGAUGACUCAACUGAAGAAGUUCAGUCUAUGGAUGUGAGUCCUGUUUCAAAGGAAGAGCUUAUCUCCAUCCCAGAAUUUUCACCAGUAAGUGAAAUGAUUCCUGGGGUGUCUCUGGACCAAAAUGGAACUGGUAAUGCCCGAGCACUUCAAGAUCUCCUAGAUUUCACUGGUCCGCCCAUGUACCCCAAGCGAUCCAGUGAAAAUCUCAGCCUGGAUGACUGUAACAAAAACUUGAUUGAAGGAUUUAACAGUCCUGGCCAAGAAAAUACUCUGAACACCUUCUGUUGACAAAUACAUCUCUUUAAUGAAAGGUGGUGUUUGGAGAACCCAUGAAGCUACUGGUAGUCAAAUCCAAGCUGCUGGUCCUCUGAAGAAGCUUCUGUUGUCCUAAAUCACUGGAUUCCAAAUUAUUAGAUGAAAAUGUAACUGUAUCCCUAGUUAGUAUGUCAAACACUGACCACUCUUGGUAGAAACCACUCUUGGUCGAAACCUUGAAACAUUGGCCUUGUUGGGCUUUAGCGAAGUUUCAUGUUACAGUUCUAUUUAUGAGCUUCAGCUGCUGAUAAAGUGCUUCCUAUACUACUUUAUCAUCAUAGUGAUCCUCUGAAUAACCCAGGUGAUUCUGUGUUGGAAAUUCACCUUAUAACCAUUCUUAUUCCCAAAGUUGGAGUACAUAAACAUUUAGAUGUCUUUUCCUGUAAAUAUUCUAGACAUUGACUCAAACUCUACUUAAACUUACACUGAACUUGGGCUGCUUAUCUCCCUGUCUGUGUUUAGAAGAAAUUCCAGAGGGUUUUCCCCCUUUUCUGUGGUUUAUUUGUUGGAAGUUACUAUCAAGCUGUUUCUUAUUAUUAAGCUUAGCCACCUGCAAAAUGCGUUGCCCCAUAUUACUCCUUGGGGGGCUGACAGAAUAAUAUUGUCUGGUUGAUUAAGAAAACUAUUAAGCAAUGUGGAAUGAUUUCUGUUCACGUAUGCAUUUUAUUAUAGACUCGGGCACCUGAAUCUAGCAAGGGUCUUGUCAUUGUUACCCCUUAAAAUAUCCAAGCCAUCGAGUAGCUUUUGGACUGAAGGAAGCUUGAAUGAUUUGUGGGGCUCAUGCACAGGUGGUUGGUUUUCAUGUUGUUGCUACUGUUUUUCUCUUGGAUCUUGGGGCCCUUGUUUGUUUGCUCCUGUGUUUGCUCAACUCUAAUGAAACCAGGCUCAAAUGAAAAUGAUAGUGCUCUGGAACAAGGGGGCCCUGAACUGGACCCAACAUGUCAUUUUAACAGACCAACAUAAAAAUAUCAGAACAAGGGACAAUGACACUAGAAUGUAUACUUCAUGUGUUUUAUGCCAUAUAAUGUGUUUUCUUAAUUUUUUUUCUUGUGGUGAAAUGUGACUUUCAGAUUAAAAUGACCUCCUUUGAAACUGUUUUUUGUUUGAAAACUUCUUUGAAACUCUUGUACAAUAAAGAGUUUGGAAAAGAUCCAUAAUUCUGACUGAGGUUUGCAACCAGGAGAUAAAAAGAAGUCUCAAUAAUAAUCUUGUUCAUGUGCUUUUAAAACCAGCUACAGUUUAAGACUUUAUCAGUUAUGGAAACUGUGUAUGUUUGUGUAUGUGUAUAUAUUAAAUAAAAUACAUGCCUCCAAUAAUGCAGUGCCAUUGAUCUUGAAUAUCAGGGGAAAUCCCUUUUAUGACAAGCACACAGAAAAUGAUAGCAUGGUCUGACUUUCAAAAAAUGCCUCACCGUCUUUCUUAGUUUUAUUUUGCUAAAUGUUUGUUUUGUUGUGAUCUGUUGUGCCUCAUAGCACCAUUGUGACCAUGGUGAUGCCUCAUGUGCAUGAUGUGUUCAUUGUGUUUAAUGUGAAAUACAUUUUCAUUGAAGA